AAACCUUCAUGGCGUUCCUGAAGUUUGUAGCAUCGAUAAUUAUUGGUGGAGGCAUAGGAUACGGUCUGCUUCAAGUUGCUUCACCUAAUGAGUCAGAAAUUAUAAAGCAUCUUCCACCGCAUUCAUCACAGCAGCACGGCUUAUUCAAAAAAUAUAAACAGAGUUCUGAAGAAUUUAUGAGCCAAGGAAAACUGAACAUUAGUUCUAAAGAAUAUAAUCCUCGAGGUAGCACAAACGUUAUUGAAAAAUAACAUUCAUAUGUUAAAAUGGAUUCCAAUGAGCUCAUAGAAGGAAGUUUGCCAGAUCGCAUUACAAAGAGAGAUCGUGAACGAAAAAAUAUUAUUGAAAGACGAAGAGAAGAAAGGCAAUCGCUUGUCGUGGAAUCCGAGCAAAGCAAUUAUUUUAAAGACACAUUUUAUUCUUCUUGUAAAAAGAUUAAAGAUAUGUUGGAUGAUGCGCCUAGCAUGCCAGCCUCGGCUUUACUAGGAAUUUUUGAGAAAUCCAAUAAAGAAAUCCAACUGCUUAAAAACUACUUAUUGCAAUCUAAAAUAUUUCUGAAAGUUUAUGACAUAAGACGCGCACAAGAAAAUUUGCAAAUGUUGGAGAACGAAGCUUCUGAAUUAGAAAUUAAGCUUUUACCUAAGAAAAAGUUUGGAUUUAAAAAUCGUAGAAUCGUAAAAAAACCUUCUGACAAGGGACACGAUAUCACGGAUGGCUUUAAAGAUCUCAAGAUAUCCGAAAGCAUCAUAAACGGUUCGAUGAAGCAAAACAAUAAAUUUUCAAGCAAGUAUGGAGAUAAUGCUUGUAUGCUUCUGGGCAAGGUGAACGAACAAUUGGUAUUAGACGCUGAGAAUGUAAAUAAAAACGAUAUUCUACUUUCCGAUUUAAUUCAGUGUACUGUGCGAAUAUAUGGUACACCUAGUACAUUACAUAUGGUAAAUCUAAAACAAUGCACUAUAUUAGUAGGACCGGUGACAUCCUCUUUAUUUGUACAUGAUUGUAGUGAAUGUGUAUUCGCUAUUGCAUGUCAACAGUUGAGAUUACAUUCGUCGACAGAUUGUACCAUUUAUUUGCACGUUACAAGUAGGGCAAUUAUAGAAGAUUGUACAAAGAUAAAAGUAGCACCUUACAACUGGUCUUACGAGGAUCAGAUGAGCCACUUUAAUUUAGCUGGUCUCGACCCAAAAAUUAACAACUGGAAUUGUAUAGAUGAUUUCAAUUGGCUAUCCAGUGAGAAACAUUCACCAAAUUGGUCCAUUCUUGAACCAGAACUUCGAGUCAAAACAUGGGAUUAAACAUUUGUAAGUAAAGAAAAAAAGCGCCUAAAAUUAUCUAUUAUAAUUAAAACGUUUUUAAGACACU